AAAAAUAUAUCUAAUUCUGCCGCCUCCCUAUCUAUGUAGUACUGUCUGGAUGCAAACAUAAUUUGAGGCGAAAUGCAGUACGAAGCUUACCAGUGGGGACAGUCACACCCCACCUCCACAAGCGGCUCAAUGCUCCAAGAUACUCCUACCGCCGCUUCACAGCCUGUAAAGCGACAUGCGGCGUGCGAUGAGUGCAGGAAGCGAAAACUCAAAUGCUCCGGUGAAAUCUCAGGAUGCAGCCGUUGCAUCAAGCAGUCCCUCAGCUGCCAUUACUCAGUGCAGAAGCAAAUGGGGCGACCACCAAAGAAACGGUUACGGGAGGACAAUGACGACAUAUCGCUACUUAACAUCCCCGACAAUGACCCUUGGGCCAAUUCCCAAAUAGCCCAUGUGCCUGAUUUUGGAGCAGCAAUCGCGGAUGUGUCAGAGGAGCCGCAGAUACUUUCAUCAACUCACCUAUCACCAUAUAGCUUUCCCUACCGACUAUCGACUGAUGAAGAUCACCGCCAUACAUGGCAGCUAGCGCCUAAUGAAAGCAUGAGUUCGAUCCCAGCAACAACCACUCCCUGGCCAGAUUUCUCCAGCGUCUCUGCAGCAGCGCCUAAACCUUUCAUAAUGCCGCCAGGGCUUACCCCUCCUAUAAUGCCGUCAACAGAUUCAUCACCUGAUCAAGAAUGCUCAUGUCUCUCAUAUCUUUACCUUUGUCUUAGCCAUCUUUCAUCCCUCAAACCCUUCCCUAUAUCCCAACACACAAUCUGCUCUCUAUAUAUAUCCGCCAAAACCGCUCAGUCCGUUAUUCGCUGCCAGUCAUGUCCAAAUAGAUUCGACACGGGUUUACAGAAUGUCAUGUUCACAGGCACUCUUCUCAAUGUCAUUGCUGACUCGUGGCUACGGGUCUCUAGAGCAGAGGCUUGCGAGUUGGGGAAUCAGGUCGCUCCCCCGGCGUAUGCCGCGAAAAUGAACAGAUCUCCGGACCUGAGAGGAGCUUGGAACGACUACCUCCGGCAGUUGGUGCGCUUCAGCGUUAUACGCGGGCCGAUGGAUAUAGACGCUCAAACUCCUUGCGCUCAACAGGCGCCAAGUGUGCUCGACUUGGUCGAGGAGAUGGAAGCGCGCCAGCGCCGAUGGCAUGAAUCUCCUGAUUCUCACCCGUUGCCGCCGGAUCAACGUCUGAACAUCCCGUCUGAUCAGAACUGCCUCAAUCGCGACGAGCAAGAUCUGCUUUGCAUUAGAGUGGCAAAGAGUGCGAGAAAUGUGAUAGCGAAAUUUGGCUUUCAAUCGGAUGAGUACCCUGAGAGUGUACCAUCAUUGAGUCCCGACAGUAGCAUUUCGCCCUGAUACGACCUUAUAUAUGAAUUUAGUUUAGGCGUUGGUGUUGUGGGCACUUGAUUGAAAUUUCCAAGCGAUAUAUGUGCAUUUUUGUCAAUAAUUUAGAAAGCGCUUAAUUACGAAUAUAUGCUACCUUGAUGAC